GUUUCUCUCUAUAUAAACAAACCCCUCAAACCCCAUAACAACUCAAAAUAUUUUCUUAACCAUCCUAUAAUUCCAAACUUUUCUCCUCCAAAUUUCCCCUAUGGAUAAUUUUUAUACCCAUACAUUAACAACUUCUCUACUACUCUUUAUUUUUACUCACGUACUACUAGUAGUGCAUGGCACAAUUAUUUCACCAUGCAACAAAACCCCAUAUCCUCAUGUUUGCCACCAUUACAUAAAACCCACCCAAAAAAUGACCAACACCAACAAUUAUAGCUUGGACCACUUUUGGUUCCGUGACUUGGCCCUAAAAGUGACCAUGGACCAAGCCAUGGAAGCACAUCGUGUGGUUGCAACCACUGACACAAACUCAUUCGACCCACGAGCCAAGUCAGCUUGGCAAGACUGUGUUGACCUCUACAAAGACACCGUUGACCUACUCAACCGAACCAUAACAGUAAAAAACACUCAUUACGAUGAUACUCACACGUGGCUUUCCGCUUCUUUCGCUAACCACCAAACUUGUCAAAACGGUUUCAACGAAUUCGGUUUAAUCCACCACUUCCAAACCAUAACAGAUAAUAAUUCCUUAACAAACUUUUCCAAAUUGCUUAGCAAUUCUCUCUUCAUUCACAAGUCUAGUUUUGUCGUUUCGCCUAAAACGACGUCGUUUGGCGGUAACGGACGAAGACGGUUAUUAACGUGGCCCAAAUGGGUUAAUAGAAGGCUUCUUCAAUCUUCGUUGAAAACGGGGGCUGAUGUUGUGGUGGCUCAAGACGGCUCCGGUAACUAUAAGACUGUAUCGGAGGGUGUUGCCGCGGCGGCUAAGCUCGGCGGCGGUGGUAAGAGAGUUGUGGUGUAUGUGAAAGCUGGUGUUUAUAAAGAAAAUGUGGAGAUUGGAAAAGAUGUGAAGAAUUUAAUGGUUAUUGGAGAUGGUAUGGAUGUUUCUGUUGUUACUGGGAAUCGAAAUCAGGUUGAUGGUUCCACUACUUUUAGAUCAGCCACUUUUGCGGUUUCCGGCGACGGUUUCAUAGCACAAGAUAUGACAUUCGUAAACACCGCCGGACCGGCGAAACAUCAAGCGGUGGCGCUCCGCUCCGGCAGCGAUCACUCCGUCUUCUACCGAUGCAGUUUCAAAGGCUACCAAGACACCUUAUACGUCUACUCUCAGCGCCAAUUCUACCGUGAUUGCAACAUCUACGGCACCGUCGAUUUCAUCUUCGGCGACGCCGUCGCCGUAAUCCAAAACUCAAACAUUUACGCCAUUAAACCGAUGUCCGGACAGAAAAACACCGUCACAGCCCAAGCCCGAACCGACCCAAAUGAGAACACCGGAAUAGUUAUCCAUAAUUCUCGAAUCACGGCGUCGUCGGAUACUUAUUUGGGUCGGCCGUGGCAGAAGUAUUCGAGAACGGUUGUGAUGAAAACCGGUCUUGAUGGGAAUAUUAAUCCCGCCGGUUGGUUACCGUGGAGUGGGAAUUUUGCUCUGAGUACUUGUUACUACGCCGAGUAUAUGAACACCGGCGCCGGCGCCGGUACCGGAGGGAGGGUUAAUUGGCCUGGUUAUCGUGUUUUGUCGAGUGCGGCGGAAGCCGGGAAGUUUACUGUUGGGAGUUUUUUGGCCGGAGGUUCUUGGAUUCCGGCCACCGGAGUUCCUUUCUCAUCUGCUCUGUGAUGACGUUAUAAAUAAAUAAA